GUGGAAUAACUGUGUAUGUGUGUGUUCCAGGAUGUGCAGUGGAAUGAUAUAGACUACAUGGACCGUUCUCUAGACUUCACCUUUGACCCCGCGGUCUUCUCGACCCUGCCUGACAUGGUGAAAGACCUGCACAGCCACGGACAGCGCUAUGUCAUGAUGCUGGACCCAGGUAUCAGCAGUGUCCAGCCAGAAGGAGAGUACUGGCCGUAUGACGAAGGUCUGAGGAGAGGAGUCUUCAUCAACCACACAGAUGGAAGCACACUCAUCGGGAAGGUGUGGCCAGGUCUGACAGCGUUUCCUGAUUUCUCUGAUGAUGUGACCCAUGAGUGGUGGUACGACAAUCUCAAGAGGUUCCACGACAAAGUUCCCUUCGACGGACUCUGGAUCGACAUGAACGAGCCAUCUAGCUUCGUGGAUGGGUCGACCGUUGGUUGUCCUGACACCGAGCUGGAGAACCCUCCGUACACACCUGGUAUAUUAGGAGGGUUGUUGAGGGCUAAGACUCUGUGUGCCUCUGCUGUCCAGAAGACCUCGUCUCACUACAACAUGCACAGCCUGUAUGGACUUCUAGAAGCUAAGGCCUCGGCAUGGGCCCUGAAGCGUAUGUUGGGGAAGAGAGCGUUCGUGAUCUCUCGCUCCACCUUCCCCAGUCAAGGCCAAUACUCUGGACACUGGCUAGGAGACAACAGGAGUCACUGGAAAGACAUGUACACCUCGAUAGCAGGUAUGUUAACCUUUAACCUCCUGGGUGUCCCCCUGGUGGGGGCUGAUGUCUGUGGCUUCAGUGAACAGACUGAGGAGGAGCUGUGUGUUCGCUGGACUCAGCUAGGAGCCUUCUACCCUUUCACACGCAACCACAACGCUAUCGACCAGAAGCCCCAGGACCCUCCAGCGUUCAGCCCUCGAGCCCGUUCAGCCAUGAAACAGUCUCUCCUGCUACGCUACUCUCUCUUCCCUCUGCUCUACACACUGUUCCACCGCGCGCACACACACGGACACACCGUCGCUCGCCCUCUGCUGUUCGAGUUCCCCAAGGACGUGAGAACGUAUGGGAUAGACAGACAGUUCCUAUGGGGGAAGAGUUUGAUGGUGACACCCGUAUUAGAUCCAGGUGUGGACUAUGUUGUGGGCUACUUCCCUCAAGGUCUCUGGUACGACUACUAUACAGGUGAUUCUAUCCGUAGUAAAGGAGAAGAGUUGAGGCUCAAGGCUCCUCUAGAGCACAUCAACCUUCACCUGAGAGAAGGAGCUGUCGUACCUACACAGCGUCCCAACACAACCCUGUUUGUGAGCACUGGUCAGCCGCUCCACCUCGUGUCCAGUCUGUCUGAAGACGGCUCGGCCGGAGGAGAGCUAUUCUGGGACGACGGAGAGAGCAUCGACACCUUGGAGACCGACCAGUACGCUCACAUAGUGUUCACUGUGGUGAAGAACACGAUGACAUCGGAGGUGCUGCACGACCACGUGGAGGCUUCCUACAUCACCGUGGAAACGGCCUCCUUCUACGGCGUGAAGGCGGAGCCUACCAGGGUCACGGUCAACUCCCAGGAUGCUGCAUUCAGCUACAGAGCCAAUCAGGUGUUGACUGUAACAGACCUAGGACUGAAUCUCAGCCACAACUUCACCAUCAGUUGGAUCUAACAGGUUUUCCCAAAAAUGGGAAUUCUGACCUUGGGAAUGUUGAUGGUUUUCCGUCCCUGACGGUCUCUACUGCUUUACUCCCCAUGUCUGUGACCCAAAUGGCACCCUAUUCCCUAUAUAGUGUACUACCAGGGCUCAAAACACUUCUAUAGACCAGAGCCCUAUUCCCAAUAUAGUGCACUAUUGAGUGAGGACCCUAAAUACCACCCUAUUCCCUAUAUAGUGUACUACCAGGGCUCAAAACACACUCACUGUAGGACACACACCACCCUAUUCCCUAUAUAGUGCACUACCAGGGCUCAAAACACACUCACUGUAGGACACACACCAUAUGUUGAUCUGGGUAGAAUUUAAUCCUAACCUGAACCAUUAGAUACUAACCUAACCACUGAUCUGGGACCAGAUCCCAUAGCCCCCAGUCCUAACCUGAACCAUUAGAUACUAACCUAACCACUGAUCUAGGACCAGAUUACCCUCCUAUAAUCCUAACCUGAACCAUUAGAAACUAACCUAACCACUGAUCUAGGACCAGUCCUAAAACCAGUGUUUAGGACUGAGUUCUGGCGGCCAACUGGUUUUAUUUGACUCCCCCCAAGUUUUCUGAGCAAUUUUUAUUUUUAUUAUAUCAAGAUAUUUCAUUUUUAUUGUUAGACAUAAAAAAAACUAACACCAGUUAUUUUUAUUUUGGAAAUCUGUUCCCAAGUAUUCCCAUGCACGUGAUUGUAUACAAAUGUAGGCAAGGUUUGAAAUGAUUGUUUUAGUCAAAUUAUUAUAUAUGUUUGUUUGGGCUUGUUGCAGUGAAAUUACACUCUACAAAUGAUUUGUAAUUAUAUUCCGGCCCCAACUAUCCGCUCGCGAAAAAAAUCGGCCUGUGGCUGACUACUUCCUGUCUGAAUCUAGUUGAUGAUCCCUGGUCUAGGGGACUACUUCCUGUCUGAAUCUAGUUGAUGAUCCCUGGUCUAGGGGACUUUUUCCUCCCUGUCUGAAUCUAGUUGAUGAUCCCUGGUCUAGGGGACUACUUCCUGUCUGAAUCUAGUUGAUGAUCCCUGGUCUAGGGGACUACUUCCUCGUCUAAAUCUAGGGGACAGACGGCCCAUCUCGGGGUGGUGGGGGACAGACAGCCCGUCUCGGGGU